AAACCCAGCAGCGCCCAACAACUAUAAAGUUCUCUCUUUCUCACUUGUUUAGAAACUCUCAAUUGUGUUUUCGACCUAAGAGAUAGACAGAGAGAAAAAACUGAGAUUGUUUCAAAAUGCGAAUGAGUUGCAAUGGUUGUCGUGUUUUGCGCAAAGGUUGUAGCGAAGAUUGUAGCAUAAGACCGUGUUUGCAAUGGAUUAAAAAUCCAGAAUCGCAAGCUAAUGCAACUGUGUUUCUUGCCAAGUUCUAUGGCCGUGCUGGCCUCAUGAACCUCAUCAACGCUGCUCCUCAACACCAUCGUCCAGCGAUUUUUCGAUCGUUGUUAUACGAGGCAUGCGGUCGAAUUGUGAACCCCAUUUAUGGUUCUGUGGGUUUGUUAUGGUCCGGGAGCUGGCAGCUCUGUCAAGCCGCCGUGGAAGCCGUUUUGAAAGGGGAGCCGAUCACGCCGAUUACUUCAGAAGCCGCAGCAAAUGGACGGGGCCCACCUCUGAAGGCCUACGACAUACGCCACGUGUCAAAAGACGAGAAUUCAACCGGCUUGAAUGAAGCCACUCAGCGAGCCAAGUCUCGGCCCCGGCUUAAGCGAACUGGCACCACCGUCGUCAAGCCAAAGACCCUUAAAGGAGCUCGGACCGGUCUGGAUGAACUGGAAACGGCGAACCGAACCACGAGCCACGGGUCGUCCCUGAGCCACGUGGCAGAGGGAGAGAGCAAGGAGAGUGAGAGUGUUGUGUCAGUGGAGACAUCGAUCCUAUUUCAUGACGAACCAGAGUCAACUGUGAAAGCGCGUGACCAAGCCGAUGAGAGUGGUUCGGAGAUUGGUUUGGAAUUGACACUUGGGUUCGAACCGGUGUCACGUGAUGAUCACGUGGUUCCUUUAAAGAAGAGAAGGAUUGAGUUGAUGAGUUGCUGUGGCUCAGCGGAAAAUGGCUCGUGCAAGACGGAGUUGGGGCUUGAAUACUCGGCUUGAACGGCUUGCUUGGUUUUGACUUA